AUGAUCCUACCCAGGAAAGUAGUGCUAGAAAUUGAAUCCAUUUGUAGAAGUUUUCUGUGGAAUGGUAAUCAUGUAGCUACAGGCUCGGCUGCAGUAGCUUGGAACUCUAUUUGUGAUACUAAAUCAACAAGUGGAUUGGGGUUCAGGAACAUCUCUGAUUGGAAUCUGGCAGCCAUGUUCAAGUAUGUUUGGGCUAUUGCAAAAAAAGAGGACAACCUAUGGGUAAAGUGGGUGCAUAAUGUCUACAUAAAAGAGGACAAUUGGUGGUCUUACAAGGCCACAUCAGCAGCUAGUUGGUAUUGGAAGAAGCUAGUCACUAUAAAAGAGAGAGCAAGAGAACUUUUUGAUGAAGAUCAAGUGCUAAAUGAAAAGUACAAGGUGGUGGUGGGGUUUCAAUCACUAAGACCUUCUACUUGUAGAGUGGAAUGGAGUUCUAUUGUGUGGAGUCGAAUGAAUAUGCCCAAACAUAGUUUUAUUUUUUGGCUCUCUAUGCUUAAUCGACUCAAAACAAAGGAUAGAAUACAAGUUUAUAAGCAGGUUGAGGAUACAAAGUGCUUUUUCUGCCAAACCGAAGAAGAGACUUUGCAGCACUUGUUCUUUGAUUGCUCCUUCUCGUCAAACUGCUUAAAGGAAAUAAAGGAUUGGCUUUCUUGGAGGAUGGCUUCCAAUUCUUUGCAUCGAAUAGUAAGGUGGAUACGAAAAGCGAAGAUUAGCAAGGCUAAAAAAGAUGAUUCUUACUGCAGUUUUGGCAGCCCUAGUAUACUCCAUUUGGAGAGCUAG